UCUCUAUAUUUUUCCUAAUUAGUCGAACUUUCAUCUUUAAAAUACACAACCAUUGCCAUUUUCACUCCACUCUCACUCACUCCCCCCUAAAGAAAAGCCCAGAAAUGAACACUGAGCAGAAAGAAAAGAAAGAAUAAAAGAGAGGUGCCGGGUCUCCAUAGCUUUACUCAUUUCUCAACGGCACCCCCACCGCCUACAUUUCGUCGGCGGAAAACAAAACGAUGACCUCCGGUACUGAAAUGACCACCACCACCCCCCAAAACCAAAUCCAAAACCAAAACCACACAAUCCGUCCACGGCCACCGCCACCAUUAAACUACCACCCACGCCACAACCAACACUACUAUCCAAACUCUUCCUCCUCCUCCUCCUCCGCCUCAAUCAAAGGCUGUUGCUGCUGCCUUUUCCUCCUCUUCUCCUUCCUCGCCCUUCUCGUCAUCGCCGUCGUCCUCGUCAUCUUCCUCGCCGUCAAACCCAAAAAACCCGAAUUCAAUCUCCAACAAGUCGGUGUCCAAUACAUCAGCCUCUCAGCAGCAAAUCCUCCUUCGGCCACCGUCAAUUCUCCCAACUCCGCCUCUAUAUCCCUUGCCAUUCGCAUGAUGUUCACCGCCAAAAAUGACAACAAGGUCGGGAUCAAGUACGAGGAGUCGACAUUCAAUAUCAUGUACCAUGGUAUUCCUUUGGGUCGGGGCACCGUUCCCGGAUUUUUCCAACCUGCUCACAGCAUCCGAGAGGUGCAGACGACGGUGACGGUGGAUCGAGUGAAUCUGUUGCAGACGGAUGCUGCUGAUUUAGUUAGAGACGCGACGCUUAACGACCGGGUCGAACUUCGGAUCAUGGGUGAUGUAAGGGCCAAGAUUCGGAUCAUUGGGUUAACUUCACCCGCUGUGCAGGUGUCAAUAGACUGUGCAAUAGCCAUAAGCCCAAGGAAGCAGUCACUAGCUUACAAGCAAUGUGGAUUCGAUGGUUUGCAAUUAUGACCCGACCCGGUCCAGAUUUGGAUCUCGAUUUAGUUACAAAUUAGUCCAGUAAUUACCACUUGGGAUAGAAUCCAGAUAGAUUAGAAACGAAGAGGUUUAAAUUAAUUUCUCCAUUUUAUAAUUUAUUACGGAAUAUAUCGCUUUGUCUUUUUCCUAUAAAAAAUGUAAAAAAAAAUUAUAUAUUCAAGUAAUCCACGCGAUACAUGUUUUGUUUCUCUUUUAAA